AAGGACACCAGCCUGCUUCGUCGCUUCCCUCACGUCAUCUGUCGCCCUCUGCUUCGCAUCCGCUGAACGUUUCCUUUUCGUCUUUCCUUUUCCCACUCUUUCAUCCUCCCCGCAUCAACAAUGGUCCGUCUACGAGAAAUAACCCGGACCGCAACCUUUGCCUGGGCUCCAGGCACAGGCCCGCCAUUGAUUGUUACUGGCACCAGAGCCGGUGCUGUAGAUGCGGACUUCUCCAAUGAAACCCAGCUGGAGCUAUGGGAUCUAGCCCUGGACAAUUCCCACCAAGGUGUGGAAUUGCAGCCCGUUGGCAGCAUUAGUGUUGAUUCUAGGUUUCACGAUAUCGCCUGGAGUCAGCCGAGUGAGGAGUACCCUGGAGGUAUAAUUGCAGGUGCUCUAGAGAGUGGGGCAUUGGAUCUGUGGGAUGCCGCAAAGCUUCGAACAGAUGCAAGCAAUUCCUUUCUUGGUCGAUCCACGAAGCAUACUGGGGCAAUCAAGACCCUCCAAUUUAACACUACCAAGCAUAACCUUCUAGCCACAGCCGGGGCGAAAGGAGAAAUCUAUAUCCACGAUAUCAGCGACCCUACAGACCUCGAGAAUGCUUUCCGACUAAGCACGUCUGCUCCCAGGGCCGACGACAUCGAGACGUUGGAUUGGAACAAGAAGGUGCCUCACAUACUCGCUACGGGAAGCAAUGGAGGCUUUGUCUCGGUUUGGGACGUGCGACAGAAGAGACAAAAUAUGGCUCUCAACCUCCCAGGUCAAAAAAAGGUCAGCGCUGUGGCAUGGGAUCCCGAUGUUCCAACAAGGCUGGUCACAGCCAUACCAGAUGAUCAAUCUCCGGUCCUCCUUGUCUGGGACCUCCGGAACUCCAAUGCGCCCGAGAAGACGCUCCGCGGACACGAGCAGGGAAUCCUGUCAGUUUCAUGGUGUGGUCAAGACGGCGAUCUGCUUCUGUCAUGUGGGAUGGACAACCGCACCAUCUGUUGGAAUCCUCAUACCGGUCAAUCGCUAGGAGAGUUCCCGAUCGUGACGAAUUGGACCUUCCAGACCCGGUUCAACCCUCAUAACCCGAGCCUUUUGGCGACUGCUUCAUUCGAUGGCAAGAUAGCAGUACAGACAAUCCAGAACACUAGACAGGAUGCGGCCCAGGCACCGAAAGCAGCAUCACAAGCUUUAGAUGGGGAAGACUUUUUCGCAAAAGUGCAGACGGAACCCCAAGGUGCCGCCUUCUCGCUUCCCCAGGCCCCCAAAUGGCUCAAGCGUCCAACGGGCGUUUCAUUUGGCUUUGGUGGCAAGCUGGUCAAAUUUGGCCCUUCUGGUGACUCCGGGAAAUCCACAAUCAGCAUUUCUAUCUUCGCUGUCGACUCUGCAAUUGGUUCGGCCACGGAAGAAUUCGACGCGGCAUUGAAGAACGGCGACCUUGCCAAGAUCUGCGAGUCUAGAAUUGGGGAUGCGAGCACAGAGGAGGAGAAGGCUGACUGGACAGUCAUUGGGACAUUGAUAUCGGAAAAUCCUCGAAAGAAACUGGUCGACUACCUAGGAUUCUCAGAUAAAAAGGAAGAGGGCGCAGAAGUAGAGACCAAGGAAGCCCCUCAGUCAAAUGGCACUGCCGAAGAUGGCGCUUCGUUCUUCGAUGGAGCUGGUGCGGACGAUGGCUUUCUUUCCAAGUUGGCAUCAUCAAAAACUACCAAAGCCGACAAUCCUUUCCAAAUCUACGCGGGAUCGGAAUCGGAGGCUGACAAGGGCAUCACCCGCGCACUCUUGCUUGGAUCGUUCGAAGCGGCUCUUGACAUAUGUCUCAAAGAGAACCGGUUGUCGGACGCUUUCAUGAUCGCUAUAUGUGGCGGCCAGAAAUGUAUCGACAAGGCACAGGCUGCGUACUUCAAGGGGAGAGCAGAUGGCCCCAAUUAUCUACGUCUCUUGGCAUCGAUCGUCGGCAAAAAUCUGUGGGACGUGGUGCACAAUGCCGAUCUCAAAGAUUGGAAAGAGGUCAUGGCCACUCUCUGCACUUUUGCUGAUCAGUCGGAAUUUCCUGAUCUGUGCGAGGCGCUCGGGGAUCGCUUGGAAGAGUCAAUUUCGGACAAGAGUGAUGCUGGAUCGCUCAGGAAAGACGCAACCUUCUGUUACUUGGCGGGAUCCAAGCUGGAAAAGGUAGUGGGCAACUGGGCUCAAGAGCUGCAAGAGAACGAGGCCGUGGGCCUGGAGAAGUCUGAGAACGACACUAGCUUCUCUGUUCAUGCCAGGUCGCUUCAGGACUUCAUUGAGAAAGUAACAGUAUUCCGUCAAGUCACCAACUUCAAGGACUCGGAACGCCAGCAGCCGUCGGGCUGGAAGCUUGCCCCCUUAUAUGCGAAGUAUACGGAGUAUGCCGAUAUCGCAGCGGCCCAUGGCAAGUUGCAGAUUGCUGAGAAGUACCUGGAUCUCCUGCCCGACAAAUACCCUGCAGCAGAUGUGGCUAGAAACCGCGUGAAGCAAGCUACAAGGACAGCACCACAAGCCACGCAGAAACAAGCCCCAAGCGGAGCUGCUCAACGAGCCCAACGUGUGGUUCCAGCAGCGUACCAACCUGGGCCAAUUGCUCCUGCACAGCAGCCUUCGAAUUCGCCAUAUACUCCCGCUGGCGUGCCAACGAACGUUCCCGCUCCCGCACACCCUUCACAGUCUGGAUAUCCAGGUGCUACAGGCGGUCGGAGCGCAUACACUCCUGCGGGCUAUCAACCUCAGCAAGCGCCUCAGCAGACUGGAUAUAAUGCACCCUCCCAGCCGCAGUAUGGAGGAUAUCAACCCCCACACCCUCACCAUCAGCCAAUACCCCCACCACCGAGGAACUUUACUGCAUCGCCAUCGGCUCCUAUAUUACCAGCAGCGAAGAAUACAAACAUUCCCGCAUGGAACGAUACGCCAGACUUUGGUAACAAGCCAAUAUCUCGACGUGGUACUCCCAGCGUUGGCCCGAAUAUCAUAAGUUCUCCUUUCGCUAACCAACCAAACACUGCCCCUCCUCCAGCAGGCUUCUCCCCAAGCUAUCCGCCUCAGCGAUCAACACCUCCAGUUGCGCCUCCUCCCAAGGGACCACCGAGAGUUUCUUCUCCGCCUUAUUCUAGACUGCAAACCGGCAGCAGGCCGUCUUCUUCGGCAGCAAACACAUACGCUCCACCACAGUCGCCAGCGUCAUUUGCCGCCCCGCCGCCUCAACACCAAGUCCCACGUGGAACAUCACCAUACAACCCACCACCUCCUGCUGCACCUCCAUCCAACCGAUAUGCACCGACUCCAAGCGCACAGCCUACUCCUUCACAAGGAAUGGCCCCCCCACAACGACAGAUAGCGUCGCCGCCAAACCCCUACGCAUCCUCGCAGUAUCCUCCUAGCCCCGCAGCACAAGCGCCCCCGAGUCAAUGGCAGCCUCCGCCACCACCCGCCAAAACUGGUCCCCCUCCAUCAGGACCCCCGCGUGGUGGACCUCCAGGUGGACCUCCUAGCGGCCAUCAAAAGACAGCAUCAGGUGACCGGCCCGGGACCGGACAGUCUCAGAGGUCUACACCUGCGCUUACCAAAUAUCCACCCGGUGACCGGUCACACAUACCCGCAUCCGCCCAGAGGAUCUACCAAGUUCUGACCAACGAACUGCGGUACGUCGUUGACACUGGAGUUCCUCCGGACUUCGAGAAAUACCUCACCGACGCGAAGAAGCGGCUUGAUAUCCUCUUUGACCACUUGAACAACGGGGAGCUGCUCAAGGCAGACACAAUUGAGGAGCUGAACGAGAUUACGAGGCUCAUAGCAGGGAAUGAAUACGACCGGGCGAUGGCGUUGUUCACCGACCUAAUCACGAGGAAGACGGAAGAGGGCAGUAACUGGAUGGUUGGGGUCAAGAGGUUGCUCCAAUUCGGCAAGAACUCAAAGCCGGACAAGGAAAUUUUGAAGGAUUGGAUCUGAGGAUAUUCUUUGGAUGGGAUUGUGUGUCGGCUCGUGGCUUUACCAUCGCAGUGAAGCUGUGAGCGCAUGUGCCAAGAGCAAAGCGAGGUAGACUGGAGUGAGUGGG